AUGACCUCGUUCUUCCAGCCUGGGUCCAACGACCCGGCCAUUAAGGAAUGCGGCAACUCGACCUUUGCCGUGUACUGCAACUCGGCCAUUCCCACGCACACCCUCCUCCGGGAAUGGUAUCAACAAGCGACUCUUGCCGUUGGGGGGUUCUCUCUUAUUUUUCCCAUUUUGCUUUUCAUCGUCUUGCUUGCGCGGCAAUCAUGGUUCUCCAACACGUUCAAGCGCCUCGUAGAGCGCCUGCGGAGGAAAAAAUCGGGAUACCAGAGUAUCCCGCCAGCGCCCAACCUGGUCAUGUUUGAGUCGACCAGGUCGUUCAAGGUCUACUCCAUGAUGGAGACGCGCGAGAGCGUCGACGUCGGCCCGUCGACCGACAGAAACUACGACCUGGCCAUCUUCCCGCUCACCAUCGGGGACCUGGGCGGCGACGAGGGAUGGGACGGGUCGAGCAUGACGGGCACGGCGUGUCACGAAGUCACCAACCUGGCCUACGUCAACCUCCAAGACAUGGACCCGGCCUCGCUGCAGCCGCUGGAAAUCACCUCGACCACGGAAUACCUGGUCCGCAGCUGCGUCCGCAACCACCUGGCCGGCCUGGCUCUCCGGCCCUCGUCGACGAUACCGACCAGCCAGGUCGAGCAGCUGAUCCAGCGGCUGCACCACUGCGACGUCUCCGUCCUGGUGCUCUGCCACCACGACUCGCCCGACAUGGACUCGCUCAGCCUGCAGUACGCGUCGGGCGUCAUUCUCGAAAACGCGUGCAUCCUGCCCAACGGACAGCGCAGGGACUACUUCAAGGCCAAGCGCCUCCGCGAGGUCAUGGUGCGGUGCGCCACGGAGCGCAGCCAGAAGCCCGGCUUCUUCAUCGGCUUCUCGGAGCUGUGGGAGACGCGGCCGCACCCUUCCGUCGUCCGCCGCGCCGUCAAGCUCGCCGAGCACUUUGGCGCCGUCGUCGAGCACGGCUUUGCCGACCCGAGCAUGAAGCUCGAGCGGCCGCCCCGGGAUGCCACCUACACCCUCAGCGCCUUUGAGUAUCUGCGGCGUGGCGUCGUGACAGAGAUCCAAAAGAGCUGGAGCUCUGAACUGAGGACGGUUCAUGUGUCCGCCGCAGCACCGGAACAGCUCGACCAAGAGGGCGGCAGCGGCAAGGGGACCGUCGCCGAGGGCCUCCGUUGCUUGUCCCUGAGCAAGGUGGACGCCGCGCUGCCCUUUGCCUCGCUGCUGCUGCAACACGAGCCUCUGCCGUCGUGGCUCACCGUCCUGCAGGAACAGGAGGUGGUCAUGGUACAGCCGCCCAACUAUCUCCAGCAGGCGCCCAAGCGGACAGACUUUUGGAAGUAUUCCGCCGACGGGACGGAGCUGUCGGCCGCCGGGUGCUUCUCCAUCCUCGCGGAGCCGUCGGCGCAGGACUACUCUGCCGUCCUGCAGACGCAGUGCCACCUCCGCGAGCUCAAGCUGCUGAGCGCCGUCAAGGGCGCCGAGAUUCACCGCUGGGUAAAGUCCCUCCAGGAACUGACGGAGCCCAAGGAGUGCCGCGGGCUGAUCAACGACCUCGUCACGGGCCUCAAGUCGCAGAGCGUCCUCGUCUUCAGGGGCCUCGACACGGGCUUCAAGAUCCCCGACGGCAACUCGUACUUUUUCGGCGUCUCCCGAACCCGCGACGAGAGGCAGUACCUCGCCCUGGACAUUUACAUCUCGCAGUCGGCGCCGAGCGACGCCAGCGCCGUGCUGCACACCUGGCUCGCCCACCACGGCGUGUCUCGCGCAACGUGCUUCGAGCUCGAGGCGCGCCUGGAAGGCCUCGCCGGGCCUCUCCCCCCCGGCGGCAAGCUCCCGCUCAGCAUCCGGAGCGCUGUCGAGUCCGGCACGCACGCCGAGAUACUCCAGCUGCUGCAGCAGAUGCGCGUCGCGCACCUGCAGGACGCCUGGCGGUCGCCCAUAGAAGCCCUCUGCGAGGCGCGCCUCACGACGCAGACGUCCAAGACGUCGUGGCUGCGCGCGCACGCCCGCCGCAUCCUCGACGGCUCCAUCACCAUCCAGGACAUGCUGCUGAGCCGGCUGGAGAGCUACGUCGUCGCGGGGGCGACGGAGCUGCCCUCGCUCGAGAACCUGGUGGCGCUCUACGAGGCCAUGAGCGCGAGUAUCCGCGAUGCCCUGUUUUACGGCGACAAGGAGAAGCUGAAUGCGCUGACGCACGCGCUGAUUGACGUCUUUGAGUUUGGCACCAUGGGCGAGCUCACCGAGAAGAUUGACGUCAACGCCGACAUGUUUGCCCUCAUGUUCUUCACCGCCAUGCGGAGGGAGGCGUUUGAAGAAGUCUACAUUGAGUCGACGGACCGCUGCCCUAUCUUCCUCUGCGCCGACCAGGCCGCCGUCUUUUCCGAGCUGUGGGUUCUGGGGUCGCAGUGCGAAAUCUUCCUGGGCCUGUUGCCUCGCGAUCUCGGCGACAUCAUAUACGACCGGUACCGGGGCUUCCUCGAGACGUGUCCCCCGGUGGCCGCCGACAGAACCGGAAACGAAAUCAUGACCAUGUACUCCGCGCUCGAGGCCAGCUCGCCCCCCGGCGACGCCAAGUCCAACGGGGACAAGGCCCAGGCCGCCGGGCUGAGGCUGUCGACGCACGAAAAGUUCCAGCUGUGGAAGAGGCAGCUCGCCGAGGUGGGCGCCAUCACAAUCUUCAGCUUGCCCGCCAUCAUCGACGUCCUGCUGCUGACCUUUCUCGGCCGCGGCCUGUUCAUGACGGCGUUUAUGGACCCGGCGCACAUUGAGGCGGCCGCGUACGCCUUGCUCAUCUCGCUGCUGGUGACGGCCGGUGUGACGGGCUGGGUGGGCAGCACCGGCUCCUACUACCUGAACCACUACGCGUACGACAACAUGACGCAUUUCCACGUGCAGCGCCUGUCGGGCGGCUUCAUGCUGACCCUGCUGAUUGCCGUCGGCGGCUUUGUCGGCUUCACUGUUGCCCGCUCCGUGACCAGCGGCCUCGUCUUUGUGGCGUUUGUCGUCGCCGUCACCACCUACCUCAAUCUGCUGGGCAUCAUGGCCACGAUGCACCAGCACGGCAGUCCCAUGACCUCGGGGCGCACCGUCCUGUGGCGGACGAUUCCCGUGCUUCUCAUAUCCCCCGUCGUGACGACCUUUGUCAACGGUCACGACCUUGCCAUUUACCUUCCCAUUACUUACAUGACCAUUCUGCUCCUCUUGUACCAGUAUCGCCAGCUAUGCCACGAGUGGAACGGGUGGAUGAAGAAUAUCCCUCUUGUUGCGGAAAAGGACAUUCUGACGUGGUACGAGUCGAAACUCGGCUCCAAAAAAGGCAGCGGCGCCGAGGAGCAGUCGGAUGGCCGUAGCAAGAUGGCCCAAGAGGCCCUCCGCGACGCGGUUACUUGCUACUUUCGACGUGGCCGGGACGACAAGGCCGCCGAGCUGAAAAACGACGCCUUUGUGAAGCGCGUCGCCGCCGGUAUGCCCUAUAUAGACUGGCUCUUCAAGAAGACCAACCCCGACGGCAACUUGCCCGAGACAUUUAGCAGCGCCUGGUACACGCAGCUCGGCGAGUCCAAGAAGCAGCAGGAGCAGCUGGCCCGGGGGCUCAAGGAGCACAAUGUCGUCAUGCUCUUCCGCGAUGCCAAGUUUGACCUGGGGCAGAACCUGGGCCUGUUUCUCGUCGCGCUGAUGGACCGGUGGGUGGGCAUCAUUAUGAGCAACGGCGGGCACCCCGGACGGAGCAUCUAUACAGAUUCGCGCGCUCGGUACGCCAUUUGCUUCUGCGUCCUGUACUUUUUGAUUGGCGUCGUCGUCUUGGACCUGACGCUGCAAAAGUACUGGACUCUUCGUUUCACCCUGUCCAAGGACAAGCUCGUCGACUACCGGCACGCGCAGGAUGUUGCCGACCAGUGGGAGAGGGUGCGUCACCAGAAACUCGGCAUCGCGCUGGUGGAACUCCUCGCUAGACUCCUCAUCCUGUUUGGCAUUACGACUCUUCUCAUGUGGAUUCUCGUCGACAAUCCCGAGUCGAUGCUGCUCUACUACCUCUACAUUGUGGGCUACACGGGCGUGAUACUGUUCCAGUUCAACCGGUGCUUCACCACCAACGUCCACGGCCACGUCUUCAUCAUUCUUGGCUCCGCCAUCGUUGGCUUGAUCGCAGGCUGUGUCUUGCAUGCCGCUCCCAAGACGUCCGGGUGGCUAUACUCUGAUGUCGUGGCGCAGAAUAUCGCCGCGUUGCUGGCGGCCUUUGGAACCCUCCUCUGGACUUGGAAAGACUGGUUCGCCCCUUCGCAGGCCACACCCGCGCUCCAAUUCUCCAAGAGCAAGGACGUGUUUUACGCCCAGCGCAAGCUUGAAGCGGACCCGGGUCUUGAAACCGGCAUAUCGAUUCGGCGCUUUGUCAAGACGCCCCGGCCGUCUUUUAAGCACGGCGACGGUUCGUUUCUCAGCGAGAAGAUUGACGACAUUCUCGUCCGAAGCUUGAUGACGCCCAACGCCACGUCCAAGGCCUGUUCGUGGGCGAGCGAGUUUAUCCAGACAGCCUUCCAGGCCUGGGAGGACGGCCUGGUCGAAAUCACCGUGGUGGACCGGGAGAGCUUCAUCGACGCGGGACUGCAGCAUCUCUUUUCGUUUAGCCAAAGGGAUGGCGACGUGCUCAAAAUCACCGCAGGCUUCUUUGGCGACUACGAGCUGCGACUGCCCGCAUGGCAAACGCAGCUGGCGCAAAUGAUUGCCGAGUCUCUCAUGUACCACACGGCCCGCGUCGAGGGCGAGCUGACGCACUCUCAGGCCGUCCACGCGGAGCACUUUCUCCACGGAACCACGCCCAUGUCGAAGCGCAUCCAAUUCGAGCUGGCACUGGCGGAUGUAAAGAAUCUCCGGCAGACCAUGGACAAGACAAACUCGGAGCUCUUGCGCCGCCUGUCCCUCGACCUCAAUGUCGACCUUAGUUGGAACACUCUGCCCCCCAGCGUGAGGGAGGCCAUCGUCUGUCGCAUUACCGGGCGGCAAGUCAAAUCGUCUUAUGAGUACGAGGACUGGCAGUUCAGCCAGGACGUCGACGUGGAAACCAUCGACUUCCAUCUGCAGCUCGGCCUGGAAAUCUUUCGCGCCUGCAAGCAGCGGUGCAACAUGGCGGCGGAUCUGAGCCCGCCGAUGGACUUUAAAGACUCUUUACCGCCGGCGGAGCUGAGACCGGUCAAAAUCCCCAGCGGCAUGGCGAAUGGCUUCGUGCGCGGCUUCUUUCGACGCGUUACCGCCCUUCCCGUCACAUUUGCCCGAUGGGUGGCGCUGAUAAGCGGCGGCGGAUCAAACAUUGAACGUGAGCUGUAUUACAGUCUUGGGUGGCUCUACUUUAGGCGGCCGAUAAUUUGGAUCAUUCUCCGGCUUUGGAAGUUUUGCUGGGCCGCGAGGAACUUUUGGAUCUAUUAUUUCCUGGUCUAUCAUCGGCCCUCGGCCGCCAGAAUCGUCCGCCUCACUCAGAAAGGCGCACUGCGCAUUAUUAAAAAGAACUCGAUUGUGGUGGAACUGUCUCGAAAAACCGUCACCGGGUUUGCGCGAGACGGCCAAGAUGGCAACUUGGUCUUGGAAGUCUUUGAAGGGCGCCUGCGUGAGGCCCCCGAAGACAAGCCCCCCUUGUUCACGGCCACGUACGACGACAAGCUGCGCCUGGCGAGCAGAACCGACCGAGACGGGACUACUUCUACAUACAACUACGACUCGGCCAAGAGGCGCUCGUGGCCCAUCUCCCGAGCCGUCUUCAGUUCCAACAGCCGGGCGUUGGGUUUCUACGACAAGCAGGGCCGUUUGGAGAGCGGCACCAUGAUGCUCAACUCGGAGUCGCUGGUGUUUUCGUACCACUACAAGACGACGCCGGAGAACAGCAGCGACAUUCUUCGCGCCGACUUUCAGCCGCUGGAUCGGUCGUCCAACAACAAGCUGUCUGUGUUUUGGGGCAAGCCUUCGAUUCAGGGGGACGAGGAGGACUACAACUGGGCGCCGUCGGAGAAGAUUCACCGAAUCGUGCGAGUGAUUGGCGACAAGACGUACAUGACGGAGAUUGAGUACCACCACCGCCGGGACCCCAAGACACUGACGUAUCUGGUCGAGGACGGCGUGUACAAGACGAUUGUGGCCGUGGUGCCCAAGGCGUUUCCCGACGAGGACGUGCUCCUCUGCCGGCCGCGCAAUCUCCUGUUUGACGUGGACGACCUGCUCAUCCACCACGGCGUGGGCCAGAUCAACAUCAUGAGGCAGUUUGCGAGCACGAAGCUGUCCAUGAUGGCGCGCAUAGGCUCGCUGGCGUGGUGGACGAGGCGCGUGCAUCUGCCCGUGGCAACUUGGCGAUCGCGCACCGAGCUCUGGAGCGUCUGGCUCAAGGGAGACCUGGAUGCCGUGACGGCGUGCUGGAUGGACGAGAUGAUUCUGCGCGAGGAGCCCAUCCUGCGGACGUACUGGCGCGCCCGGGACGGCGGCAACCUCGACGCAGCCCGGGCCGCCCUCGACGACAUUGACCAGAUCGUGGCCGCCAUCGAGCUCGAGACGGACGUGUCCGAGGUCUGCCUGCUUCCCAUCCGGUCCGCCGACCUGUACACCAUGGGACUCGGCAAGGACGCCAACCAGGUCACCAACCGGCCGCAGGACUGCUACCGCGACACCAAGGACCGCGUGUCCGUCAUCGUCAACGACAUUGGCUGCUGGCCCGAGGCGCCCGGCGGCGUGUCCAACUGCCGACGCGACCUGGUCAACGGCCACGGCACCAUCCGGAACCACGUCAUGGCCGAGUGUGCCAACGAGUACGGCAUCCCGCGCUUCCAGAUCGAGAAGAAUGUCCAGUCGCUCAAGCUGCUGCCGCUCUGGGGGCUCGACGGCAAGACGGCCAACCACGGCCUCAUCGACAACAUCCUGCAGUCCGAGGUGGACGACAACAUCCGCGACACGGACGUCCAGCGAGACAUUACGCGCGUGUUUGUGCCGCUGCUCAAGGCCUUUGUCAAGGGCGCGCGCACCCGCGACUACACGCGCGCGACGCUGGCCACCUGCACCAACGUGAUGCUGUCCAUGUCGAAAUACUUUGAGAGCAAGGACUACAACACGACGUGGUCGUCCAAGCAGGUCGAGGAGGCCUGGGUCGAGGCGUGGCUCGUGUCGUACGACGACCCCAACAUCCAGGAUCCCGCCGAGUGCUUCGACAUUGCGCGCCCGACCUUGUUUGACUUUCGCGAGGCGCUGGGCAUCUACAUUGCCUACUUCUUCAUCUUCUCCGUGCGCAUCCCCGACGAGUGCCCGCGCGUCUUCCAGAGCACGCACCACGGCAUCAGCAGCCUGCUGGGCAUUAUUCUGAAAUACCGCCGCGGCGUCACCUUUGGCAUCUGGGACCACGCCAUCCUCUGGCGCGAGUCGUGCCUCAACAUCAGCCCGGCGCAGUGCGAGCUGCCGCUCUCGGUGCAGUCGAUGCUGCUCCACGGCAUCCGCCUGGCCAGCCGCCUGUCCUACUUUCACGCCGAUGUCAUCACGCCGUGUACCUCGCUGUUUAACCCCAUGUGGGAAACGGAAAUCGGCAGCGACAGGGGCAACAUUUGCAACCGCAACCUGUUCAGCCGCAAGAUCGACCCCAUUGUCAACGGCAUCAGCAACAUGGACUCGUUCGAGCCCAUCGACAAGGUGCGCACGAGCAAGCCCACGGCCGUGAUGCUGUCCAACGUCCAGUUCAUCAAGGGCAUCAAGACGGCCAUCCUGGCGGCCGACAUCAUCGUCAACCGCUACGGCUUCAAGGACUACCGGCUCAUGGUGUACGGCGCCAAGGACCGGCAGCCGUCGUACGCGCUCGAGAUGGCCAAGCUCAUCGUCAAGAACAACCUGUCGGAAAACGUCAUCCUCGCCGGCUUCGGCAAGCCCAAGGAGGUCCUCAAGGACGCGUGGAUCUUCAUGAACUCGUCCAUCUCCGAGGGCCUCCCGCUGGCCAUUGGCGAGGCGGCGCUCGCGGGCGUGCCCAUUGUCGCGACAGAGGUCGGCGCCACGGCCCUCGUCAUGACGGACCCCAACGACGCCGAGCAGCGGUACGGCGAGGUCGUCGCGCCCAACGACCCCGUCGCCCUAGCCCGCGCCCAGCUCAACAUCCUCUGCAUGGUCGGCCCCUGGACAAAGUUUGUCGAGGGCGACGACCAGACGCAGAGCCUGAGCCUGCCCGAGGAAAUCACCCCCGACGACGUCGAGCGCCUCUACGAGCGCAUGUACGCCAAGACGGAGGACCGGCGCAAGCUCGGCCUCCUCUCGCGCGAGGUGGUGCUGCAGAGCUUCCACGGCGAGCGGUACCUGCGGGAGCAUGAGCAAAUGUACUGGAUUCAGUGGCACACGGCGAGGAUGCGCGCCGACAUGGCCAAGAGUAAUAAGAGGAGGAAGUAUACGGAGUUUUCGUCGCCGCUGCCCAUGAGGUAUGUGGACGAGGGGGUGGUAGGGGUGGAAAACUCGGCCGUGCUCGAGGACGCCGAGUUGCUGGAGAAGAGUGUCAAGAGGGAAGACCACGGCGUGGCGACGGAGAAGAUGGCCCCGACGCCGAGUGAUCUUGAGAGCGGGAGGGUGUCGCAGUCGUCUACGCUGCAGGUUGUACAUACGGGCGAGUUGUAUUUUGCCGGACAGACGGCCGCGAGUGGAUUUACGAACUGGGCCCCGGGAUAA